UGGUCCACAGUGCUCCAACAUGAUUUGGCUUGUGGCUUUUCUGUCCUGCAUUGGGCUGAUUUGUGCUGAAACACCCUUCAACCAUAAUGUGCACAAUGAGAGGGUCAUAGGAGGCCAUGAUGCCCAACCCAACACCUGGAGAUGGCAGGCUUCUCUCCAGUUAGAUUCAUACAAUGACGGUUCAUUCUACCACAUCUGUGGAGGCUCUAUCAUUGAUGGUUUCUACAUUCUGACUGCAGCUCACUGUAUCCUCAGCGUGGAUCCUAGUCUGUACCGUGUGGUGGUGGGUGAGUAUGACCUGUAUGAGGAUGACGGCAGUGAGCAGUUCAUCCGUGUGGAAAUGAUUUCUGUCCAUCCUGGCUGGACCGGAGACCUUGGCAAAGGAAAUGAUGUUGCUCUCUUGAGACUGGCUAAUCCUGUGUACGACAACGGCUACGUGGCCAUCGCCGACCUUCCCCACCCUGGGGAGAUGCUACCUCAUGGGUUCACCUGUUACGUCACCGGCUGGGGACUUAUCGACUACGGAGGAAGCGUGCCUGCAAUCCUGCAGGUGGCUCCCAUCCCCGUGGUGGAGCAUGCAGUCUGCUCCCAGCCUGGCUGGUGGGGCAGCAUUGCUCUGAAAACCAUGGUGUGUGCCGGAGGGGAUGGAGUCAUAUCAGGCUGCCAGGGCGACUCCGGAGGUCCCCUGAGCUGUUUCACAGGCGGAGCCUGGAGAGUCCACGGUGUUGUCAGUUACGGUCCAAUCGGCAUGUGCAACCAAGUGUCAAAACCCACAGUCUUCACCAGAGUCUCUUCCUUCCAAGACUGGAUCUAUUCAGUCAUACAAUAGAUGUCACUGUGUAUCCUGUCAAAUGGAACGUGGGAAAUAAAAUCAAUUAGCAUCUCAGU